GAUCCGAGGUAUUAUCGACACGACCCGUAGCAUCACGACAAAGCACGGCUUCGACCCGGAGAACGAGGUCGAGCUCAGGCUGGGACGCUUCGUCUCCAGAAACUUCGUGGCGGGCGUCCCCUCCGCGUGCUUCCACAAGAUCAUGGAGCGGCUGUCGGAAGACGACCACUGGACGAGCUCCGUCGUCUACUCCAAACACAAGGACUACAGCCUGAAGGGGCAGCGCCUCCGGAUCUCGGAGGACGGUAGCAGGAGCCUCGUCAACAAGAGGAGGUCCGCGAUCGUGGACGUGCGCUGCGACGGGUGCCCCUUCGACUUUCGGGUCAGCUUCGCCAAGGAGAAACGUCUGUCGCCCGACCCGGAGGCGGAGGCGACCAUCAUCCGGGACGCGGACCACUCCAGGUGGACGGACCGCGUCUCGUAUGCCUACAAGCACUACUCCUUCGAGUUGAGCGUCGUGACGAACGCGAGGGGAGCCGAAGAGGACCGAGGGGGCGGGGACGGCUCCGACGAGGCGCCGGAGGAAGAAGGCGCGGCGAUCUACGAGGUAGAGAUAGAACUGAAGCCCGAAUGCGCGGCCUUUCCCAAGAAGAGCAAGGCCAUGGCGGCCAAGCUGGCGGAGAGCCUCGUACUGAAGUUGUUAGACCUAGUGUAUUUUGUCGAGGACGUCGACUGCCGUAGCAUUAGCUUCAGGACGUCGUCGGCCGUGGUGGAGACGAGCCCGGACGAGCGCUUCGUGCGCUACAAAGAGGUCAUAGGGCGCGGCGCGGCUAAGAUCGUGUACAAAGGUUACGACCGCGAGGCGGGCAAGGAGAUCGCCUGGUACAAGGUCCACCUCGAUCACCUGGACCUGACGAAAUGCGUCAAGACCGCAUUAUUCAAAGAGUUCGACAUGCUGACACAGAUCAGCUCUCCCUACGUCCUCAAACUCAUCACAUACUGGCUCGACUCGCAUGAGUAUGAUAAGAUCGACGUGAUAUGCGAGCUGUUCUAUGCGGGCAGCCUCAAGUCCUUCAUGCAUGCGAAUGGCCUGCCCCCGAACCACAUCAUACGGAGAUGGGGUCGUCAGAUCCUGCUGGGCGUUCGCUUCCUCCACUGCGAGGCGGCGGAGACCCCCAUCAUCCAUCGCGAUCUCAAGUGCGACAACGUGUUCAUACACGGCCACACGGGCCGCGUGAAGAUCGGGGAUCUGGGUUCCGCCACCAUCUCCGCGACCGGCGGGCCGGCCAUGUCCAUCGUGGGCACGCCCAACUUCAUGGCCCCCGAGAUAUUCGACGGUCACUACGACCAGACCGUGGACAUAUACGCAUUCGGGCUCUGCCUCUACGAGAUGGCGACCGGGUCGGAGCCGUAUCGGGAAUGUAAAUCGCACGCACAGAUAUACAAACGCAUCAUGAUGGUCGAGCCGCCGGAACGCCUGUCCAGCAUCGACGACCGCGACCUCUCCGACAUCAUAUCUAGAUGCCUGGGGCCCAGCUCCGCCAGGCCCUGCGUGAACGAGCUGCUCGCCCACGCCUUCUUCUCGCCCGGCGCCGUCUUGGCCAGCCCCCGCUCGGAGGACAUACCCGAGAACUGGGAAGACCGUCUAUGA